AUGCAAUUAGGAUAUAAUGAAAUAAUGAUUGUCUCGAAGUAUUUUGAAGAUGUUAAUGAUUUUAUUAAUUUAGAAAUGGGAAUUAAAAGAUUUCAAGGAAAUAUGGAACGAUUUCAUUUUAAUCCAAUUCCAUUGAAUCAAUAUUCAAGAAAAUUAUUUCCUAAUAUUGAAACAUUUCAUAUUUAUAAUAAAUAUGAUGAAAUAUUUAAAGAUGGAAAAAUAAUUAAAUAUGUAAUAUGGUAUAAAGUAGAAUAUUCAAGAUAUUUAAAAGAGAAAGAAGAAAUGAAUGAAUGUAAAAAUAUCGAAUAUACAGAAGAAGAUAGAAAGAAAUAUGGAAAUACAAUACCAAUAGAAGUUAAUUCACUUGGAAUUAAUUGUUUUUAUGGAUGUAAUGAUAUUCAAUCAAUUAAUAUACCAAUAAAUGUUAGUAAAAUAGGAGAAUGUUGUUUUUCUUUAUGUUCAUCAUUAAAAUCAAUUAAUAUACCAACAAGUGUUAGUAAAAUAGGAGAUAGUUGUUUUUCCGGAUGUUUAUCAUUAACAUCAAUUACUGUACCACCAAGUGUAACUAAAAUAGGAUAUGGAUGUUUUGAUGGAUGUUCAUCAUUAACAUCAAUUAAUAUACCAACAAGUGUUAGUGAAAUAGGAUAUGGAUGUUUUGAUGGAUGUUCAUCAUUGACAUCAAUUAAUAUAGAAGAUAUAAAGUAUAUAAGUGAAGAAAGAAUAUUUAUGAAUGAACCAGUGUUAAUUAGUAUUGAAAUACCAAAAAAUUUAAAAAUGAUAAAUGGAAAGAAUAUUGAAAAGAAAGAUAUUAAUAAAUUUAUUAUUCCAUCAACAAUUACUAAAUUAGGAUAUGAAUGUUUUGAAGGAUGUUCAUCAUUGAUAUUAAUUAAUAUUCCAACAAGUGUAAUUGAAAUAGGAAAUGAAUGUUUUUAUGGUUGUGAAUCAUUAAAAUCAAUUGAAAUACAAACAAAUGUUACUAAAAUAGGAAAUGAAUGUUUUGAAUAUUGUAAAUCAUUAACAUCAAUUAAUAUACCAACAAGUGUAAUUGAAAUAGGAAAUGAAUGUUUUAGAGAAUGUACAUCAUUAACAUCAAUUGAAAUACCAACAAGUGUAAAUGAAAUAAGAAAUACUUGUUUUGGUUGGUGUGAAUCAUUGAUAUUAAUUAAUAUUCCAACAAGUAUAAGUGAAAUAGGAGAAUAUUGUUUUUAUGAAUGUUCAUCAUUAACAUCAAUUAAUAUACCAACAUCAUUUACAUCAUUUGAAAUUUGUUGUUUUUACCAUUGUGGAUGUGAAGAAAAAUUAAAGAAGAAUAAAAAAAUACCAAAAUAUUGCUUUAAAAAAUAUUAA